UAUAACUAGGCAGAGGAGCGGCAGCAAGCAAGACGUAUAAUCGAUGGUGGCCAAGGCGAAGAUGAGCGCCAUGGAGUUGGAGAUGGAGAAGGCAACGAGAGACGGGGAGCUAGUGCUCGGCGGCGCCGGAGACGAGGAGGAGGAGGAGGACGUGGUGCUGCCGGGGUACCGGUUCCACCCCACCGACGAGGAGCUGGUCGCCUUCUACCUCCGCCGGAAGAUGGCCAGGAAGUCGCUCCGCAUCGAGGUCAUCCGGGAGAUGGACAUCUACAAGCACGACCCGUGGGAUCUCCCCAAGGCGAGCACGGUUGGUGGGGAGAAAGAGUGGUACUUCUUCUGCCUCAGGGGGAGGAAGUACCGGAACAGCAUCCGGCCCAACCGGGUCACCGGCUCCGGCUUCUGGAAGGCCACCGGCAUCGACCGGCCGAUCUACUCCGCCGGCAGCGGCGGCGCCAGUUCCGGCGUGUCCAUCGGGCUGAAGAAGUCGCUCGUCUACUACCGCGGCAGCGCCGGCAAGGGCACCAAGACUGACUGGAUGAUGCACGAGUUCCGCCUCCCGCCGGCCGCCGCCAACGCCUCCCCGAGCAUGCAGGAAGCGGAGGUGUGGACCAUCUGCAGGAUCUUCAGGAGGGCCAUCACCUACCGGAACCAGCAGCAGCCGUGGAGGCCGGCGCCCGCGCCGUCCUUCGCCGAUUCGAACUCCAACACGGGGAGCUUCGAGUCGUCCGAGGCCGGCGACGAAUACAUGAACUGCCUGCAGGCUCCGGCACCCGCCGCUCCAUGCAUCCCCCACCCCCAGCACCAGCAGCAGUACGUCAGUCGGACGGGCACGGUGGACAGCGGCAACUUCUUCUACGAGGACAACAUGCACAACCAGCAGUUCCAGGGGCAAUGGAACGCCGCACCCGCCGCCCCGGUGCCGGAGCAGAAACAGCAGAAUCCAUUGUCCACGGCCGUCGACUUCCACCAGAAUGACAAUAGCCACGCUGUCGCCGCGAACGAUUUUUACAAGGUUGAGGGGUACUUGGGGGAGAUCGCGAGGAUGUUGGAGGUCGCCGAUCCGGCAGGAUUUUACGACUACAGAUCAUACGGUUGAUCAGCAGUAAACUCUUCGGCUCCGUAGGCUCCCGCGAGUUCGCCGACGGGCCGGUCCUGCCCUCUCGCUCGCCGCCGUACGUUGCGCCCGGCGGCUUGGGUAACA